CAAGGAUUGUGUGUGUUGCCGCCAUGGCCGACCACGACGCGAACUCGCUCGAGUACGGGACGCCUUGCUUUGAGAAGUACACGAAAGUCCGGUGCAUAGGAGCGGGAACGUACGGCCGUGUGUAUGAGGCCAAGGACCGUGUCACUGGCGACGUCGUUGCGCUGAAGAAAAUCAAGACGUUGAACGAAUCUGAAGGUGUUCCAGUGACCACGCUUCGCGAAAUCGUGGCACUCAAGUCCUUGCGCCACCCAAACCUUGUCGAGAUGAAAGGUAUUGUCGUGAGCAAACAGAAAGACGAAGACGACGAAGAAGACGACGACUCGAAUGGACCCAGCAGCCAAGAUACCCGUAGCGAUUACGCCAACGGCAGCAUCUUUCUUGUGCUAGAGUUUGUCGCACACGAUUUGACAGGUCUGCUUCAAAGCAACCACACGUUUUCGGAGCUCGCCACCAAGUACAUCAUGCGACAGCUGCUGGAGGGACUCAAGUAUAUGCACGACCGUGAUGUCCUCCACCGCGACCUCAAGACCUCCAACAUCCUCCUCACUCCCGAUUACGUUGUGAAGCUGGCCGACUACGGACUCGCACGAACUUUGCGUUCGAAUUCCAAACUUACAAACAAGGUGGUGACAUUAUGGUAUCGCGCGCCAGAGCUCUUGCUGGGCUCGACAGAAUACGACGCGAGCGUGGACAUGUGGAGCGUCGGGUGUGUCUUUGCGGAGCUCUUCCUGGGGCGCCCGCUGUUUGCCGCAAAGACCGAGACAGAACAAAUGGUCAAGAUCAUUGACUUGUGCGGCACUUCUCUCGACGAAGUCAACGGUGUCGCCCACUUGCCCCACUUUGACAAGUUUCUCGGGCAAGAAAAGCCUCGGUCAAACGUUCUUCGUAGCAUGCUAAUGCGCAAAGCUUCUGAGCGCAACGUAACGUUGCCCAAGGGAUUUGUCGAGUUACUGGACAAGUUGCUGCAACUUGAUCCCAAGUCCCGGUUCAACCCGUCGCAAGCCCUCAACAGUGACUACUUCCACGUGCACCAUCCGCAGCUCCACCCGAAAGAAAAACCGACGAUGCUGCCGCCGAUCCCAGAAGCCAAUUGCCACGAAAUGUCAGCCCGCAAACUCAAGAAGGAAGGGAGCCAGGCUGUGCUAAGCGUCGCGGACCAGAGCAAGAAGAAGCUCCUUCAUGACAAAGCUAACGCAGUGCUGAGCGUCUUCGAACACACGAAAAAGCGCCCGCCGUCCAAGCCUCUGGUGACGAAGCAUUUUGGUAUCGCGCGUCCAUCGCAACAAGGAAUACCCGCGGACGCGGCAGAUGGUGGUGCAAAGCAGGCGUCCAGAAACCCGUCCAUCAACCAACCGGCGACCGCCGCGGGAAAGAGCGGAACGGCUCUCGCCCGACCACCCAAGCGAGCGAAGCGAGAGAGUGGAAGCCCAAGAAGUAGGAACUAAUUCAUGUGUGGUGGCUAAGCAGAUCUCGAUCGGCAUGUACAUAUGAGCAAACAAAAAGUCGCGGUCAGCCGUCGAUGGGACUUGCCCCAAAGAACGACUCGUGGUCCAUGCCCACAGC